CGGUGCCCGCCCGCGGGGGGAUGUGACGCGCAUGGCGGCGGCGGCGGCGCUCCCCCUGCGCCGGCAGGGAGGAGGCGGCCCUGCGCCCGGCGCCGCCUGCCCGGCCGCGCCGUGACCGGGGCUGGGCGCUGCGCGGCCCGGCGGUGACAGCGCCCGCCGUGCCCGGCGCGGGGGCGGCGGUGCGGACCGGGGGUGCCGGAGUGCGCCGGGCGUGCCGGAGCCCCGCGCCGCGUUCCGGGCGGCCUGCGCAGGGCCCCGCGGGGCGAUGUAGGGGACAUGCCCUGACGGGACGAGGAGCGGUCGGGCGCCGCCUGCCAGGGCACAGCUGCGCCAGCGGAGCCGCCCGCGGCGGGUCGGCCGCGCACGGCGAGGGCCCCCCCGGGCACCGCCGCGAUGGCCGGGGCCGGGCUCUGGGCGAGCAUCAAGUCCCUGCUGCGGAGGGGCGAGGACCCGCUGUUCCUGAACGACUCCAGUGCCUUUGACUUCUCGGACGAGGUGGGGGAUGAGGACUUCCCCAGGUUUAACAAGCUGCGCGUGGUGGUGGCGGACGACGGCUCGGAGGCGGCCCCGGAGACGCCGGUGAACGGGGCACCGCCGGGGCUGCCGUCCGACGACGAGUCCCUGCUGGAGCGGGACAUCGCCCUGCGCAGCGCCCGGGCCGGCCGGCCGGACCCCUGCAGCGGCUGCAGCAGCCGGCGGGAGCGCUCCAAGCAGAGGAAGGUGAAGAAGCGGCUGGCGCUCGCUGCCAUCCUCUACCUCCUCUUCAUGACCGGGGAGCUCAUAGGUGGCUAUGUUGCUAACAGUCUAGCAAUUAUGACAGAUGCACUGCACAUGUUAACUGACCUUAGUGGUAUUAUUUUGACCCUGCUUGCUCUCUGGCUGUCUGCAAAAUCUCCAACAAAGAGGUUCACUUUUGGAUUUCAUCGCUUAGAAGUACUGUCAGCCAUCAUUAGUGUAUUGCUGGUCUAUAUCCUUAUGGCAUUCCUCUUGUAUGAGGCUGUUCAAAGAACUAUCCAUAUGGACUAUGAAAUAAAUGGUGAUAUCAUGCUGAUCACAGCGGCCGUCGGUGUUGCAGUUAACUUAAUAAUGGGUUUUUUGCUGAAUCAGUCUGGCCACCUUCACUCUCACUCGCACUCCCACCCUCACUCUCAUGUACCUCAGUCGAGCUCUCCGAGCACGGCCCACGGCAGUGGCCAUGGACAUGGCAGUGGCCAUGGACACAGCAGCCUUGCCGUGAGAGCAGCAUUUGUACACGCCCUGGGGGACCUGGUACAAAGUAUUGGAGUGCUCGUGGCUGCCUACAUCAUACGCUUUAAGCCAGAAUACAAGAUUGCUGAUCCUAUAUGUACAUAUGUAUUUUCCAUACUGGUGGUUUUCACAACAGUUCGAAUUCUCUGUGACACGGGAGUUAUUAUUCUGGAAGGAGUUCCGAGGCAUUUAAACGUGGACCGCAUCAAGGAAGACUUGAUGAAAAUUGAAGAUGUUUAUUCUAUAGAAGAUUUAAAUGUUUGGUCUCUCACUGCAGGAAAAACAACUGCCAUAGUCCACUUGCAACUGGUUCCUGGUAGUUCAUCUAAAUGGGAGGACGUUCAGUCCAAGGCCCGACACCUGCUGCUGAACACCUUUGGAAUGUACAAGUGCUCUGUCCAGCUCCAGAGUUACAAACAGGAAAUCAGCAAAACCUGCGCAAGUUGUCAGAGUUCCAGUGCCUAAUUUCAUAUGUUUUGGGAACUGCUGCCUUAUUCUUUACCUUGUAGUCAAAGACUGAGAGCAAUAAAUGCAAAAUGAAAAUUCUCAAAUAGUGACCAUGAAUAUGUGGCUUUGUACCAUGGGACAUGCAGCAGGGAGAACUGGUGCUGCAGAAAGUGCAGUGGUUGCCCUACAGAACGUGUGUUUUACUCUCUCCCUUGUACUGAUUUAUUCAAUUUAUUAUGAUUUUGAGACAAAGCUGUUUUCAGAUUAUUGUUUACAAACUGCAACGUGGCUCUGCAGAUACCUCACAAAUUACAGUCCAAUAUUGUCCUUUAAUCAUUACGUACCACAAAGUACCUGCACUCCAAAUGGAGCAUCAAAUAUUCAGUAUUUCAAUCAAAAGUCUCUUAAUGCUGACCCUGCCAGGGUUGCACAAUAUGUCAUGAUCCCCAAAUUCAUUAUUCAGUAUUUUUGCAAUAGUAAUUUUCAUACAGUAUCUUAAACUGGAAUGCAUACAGUGCUAGUUGAAUUCUUGUGGAAACUGUCCCUUUGGAGACACUGCAAAAUACAGAAUUUACUGUAUCCACACCAGAAAGUUAGCUUUAAUCUGGGCAUUCAGAGAUCCAGACAGGAAGAUCUUUGCCCAGACUUGUGGUAUUUAACUAGAGACCCAACACUGGACCCAAAGUGUUUUAAGUGAUCAGUUAUCUUAAUGUGUUUUAGAAUAGGGUUUAUACAUUAGAAACAGGUUAUUUAUUUUACAAAGUUUUGACUUGUAAGAUGACUUUCUUAUAAAUAGUCUUGAAUGUCUAAACCCAUCAUUUGAUUCACAUUAAAAGGCCAGUUGCUUAGCAUGCACUCUAAUUGUAAUUAAUAAAUGUCCUGUAAUUGAUCAUUUUUCCAUGAUUGUUCUGUUUUAAAAGAAAAGUCAAAUGUUAGAAAUGAUGCUUGAUGUGCAGAUGCUCUCCAGUGCAAUCUGCAGACAUGCCAGAGAUGUGCAUCCAACAGGAGAGUGGGGAGCAGGAGUUUCAGAGAUGCACUAUUCCAUCAGUCACGGGUCUCUGACCUUUCCACCUUUGCUUUGAGCACAGCAUGGCAGUAUCCUGACAGGAAUGCCACUGCAAUAGCAGUUCCCACUACUAAGCUCAUGAAUAAAGCAAAAUCCAAGCAAGCUCAGUAACCUGAUGGUGUUGGACAACAAUGUCAUAACAACCUACAGGGGCAGAAAGGCCUUUUUGUAUUUAUAGAGAUGAGGCAGCUGAAAGGACUGUUCAUUCAUCUGGACACCUCAGAGUCCCCAAAGCUGAAUUGUUUGGCCUCAUUGUGGAACCCCUGUACUUUGAAUGUACACAAGAUAUAAAUCUUGACACUAAGCUAUCCUACACCUGCAAGCUCAGAUUUAUGCCUGCUUGUGAAGUCCUUGGCAUUGAAGAAGUUAAGGGUGGCAAGAACACGACCUGCAAAGUUUAGAAGAUGGAAAGAACUUGGCUUCAAAUAUUUUUUUUGUUUAUUCUGGACUUUGACCUUUAUGCAGAACUUCCACUGACAUCGAAAGUAGUUCUCUGUUGUGGAUCAGAAAGGAAAAUUUCCGCCCAGUUAUGGAUAUUGUGAUACUCAGCUGUGAAUACUUAAGCUGUUUUCUGUUUCUAGAGUUUCACAUAUUCAUCAGGCUGAUUUGUACCUGCAAUUGGUGGUAACAAUCUUGGCUUCUUUUCUUCCCUUUUUGGAGGUAGGGGUCACAUGCUGAAUUUUUAUUGGUUAAAAGUGGCAGCACAUUGUGAAUUUGGACAAAGUGCACGUGACACUGGAUUGUGUUUGUAUCUGUUCUGGCAAGAAAUGGGAAUACUUGAGUCCAGCAUGGGAGCUCAGGCAGCUCAGAGGCAGAGCAGCCCUGUGCUCAGGAAGGUAAUGCUGCAAUACAAACACUGUCAUUAAUUAAGCCAUAUCACAGUUCAUGAAAAAUGUGCAUCCCAUCCUUACAAACUUACUGGGAAAAAAAAACCAAACCACAAACAACAGGUAUUUUGCACAUACUAAUACUCAAAUGGGUUUUAAUUAAAUUGGGGUUUACAGUUGAUGUAAUUAGGUGUCGAAGUACAGUAGACGUGUAUUGUAUUUGCAGUUUUUUAAUAAUUUACUACACAUUUGUUUAAUUGAAGAAAAAAGCAGAAGUGUGUUGCUUUGUUGUGGGUUUUAUGAAAUCAAUUAUUAAACUUCGCAUUGUCUUAUAAAAUAUUUA